CUGCUCUGCUGACGCAGAACCCGUUGCUGGCGGUUCACUGUCGCUCCCGGCGUGCGGAGCUGGGACAGGGAGCGGACCCUCGCCUCCUGGGGUGGGGGUGCAGGGACGUCAAACCCUGAGGAGAGAAACUUCCUGAGGAAUGGAAUGAGCUGGGAACAAUCAGGAUACCCAGAAUUGAGCAGUGAGGUUGAGCAGGGCAGAGCAGUUGCCAUACCAAGCCGUGAUGCCUCUGGAUAGGAUGCAUCGAUAGGGUCGAAGAAGACAUGCCAAGUUUCUUUAGCCUCCUGAGGAAGUAGAAACGCUGGUGAGCUUUCUUGGCCAUGGCAUCCAAGAAAGGCGUUGACCAGGACAGGCAGUUGUUCAAUUCCUGACACAAUUCACACAAUUCCUGACUCCGUAUCCCGGCGAUAUCCUGAAACUCCUCACUGAAGCCCACAGCACGAUAGACGGGCGAUUUGAGGUAUUUCUCCGUUUUGUUGCUGGUCUCUCCUCCCCAGGGUCAGCUCGGGGGCUGGAGGAGUUUCUGGGUCCAUUUCCCCAUCAAACAACCUGCCAAGUGAUUGACUGGGUGAAGGAAGAGGUGAAAAGUCAGAGUGGAAACACAGGGAGUGAAGCUGGUAAAAGGAGCCUCCUGAACACACUGCACUACCUGUUUGAGUCUCAGAACCGUGGACUGGCUCAGGACACACUGGGAUCUGUGGAAACACUUUCAUUCCGUGGAUUGCGACUGACAUUGAUGGCCGAUCGCAGGACAUUCACAACUUAUCUCCACGGCAAUCCUGGCUCACCCGAUCAUUAUGAAUUCCGCUUCUGUUAUCAAUCACUUUUCACAGGCUUUGCAACUUAAAACUAACCUGCAAGAGCCUUUGGGAGUCCGAGGAAAGGUCUUCGAGCUGAACCGUUAAACCAUUCUCUGUCUCCAGACACUGCCCGAGCUGUUGAGUGACUGCAGUAUUUUAUGUUUUUAUUUCAGUUACCCAGCCUCUGCAGUUUGAUUUUUUUUUGUCAUUUAUGAACGCCAGCGCCUCCCCCACUAAAAUCCAGUGAAUCCCAGAAUUAUUUCAGUGAAUUAAGUGAAGAAGCGAGGAUGCCGAUAAACAACCCUGUCUUCAGUUCCUUCCGGAAUCGAGACCCGAAGAAGAGCCCAUCACAGUGCAGCGCUUAGCGUGACGCUAUUACAGCUCCGGCAACUCGGCUUCAAUUCCGGCCACUGUCUGUCAGGAGUUUGUAUCUUCUCCCCGCUUGUCUGCGUGGGUUUCCCCCCCCCCCGGGUGCUCCGGUUUCUUCCCACAUUCCAAAGACGUACGGGUUAGGAAUUUGUGGGCGUGCUAUGUUGGCGACAAUUGCGGGCUGCCCCCACAACACCCUACGCAAAGAUGCAUUUCACCGUGUGUUUUGAUGUACAUGUGACUAAUAAAGAAAUCUUGUCUUAUCUAAUGUAUGGCAACAACUUCUGGUAGCAGCGGGUGGGAUGGCUGAAAGAUUUGCAGCUGUGUCCUACAUGGAAAUGUAAUAGUUCAUUUAGAUGUUUGGUUUUACAAAACUCCUCGCAACUGGAAAUAUUCGCCAAAGUGUUUCACCAAACUUGUUCACAGUUGCAGUCGGAGUAAGCUGUCGAGGGACUUUGGUUUGAUUCCGGCAACAAAGCGGCUCCCUGUCCCGGGACGUGUGAGGAAUGUUUGAACUGAAAGUCAUCCUGCGCCGGACAGCAAAGUUCACACAAAUGGGUGGAGGGCAGAACCUCCCAGCACCAGCUAGCGGAUCAAAUUCACAGCUUGGGACUCGCUGAAUUAAACAAAGAACAUCCGCCCCGUUGACUGGGAUGGAAUAACAAGGAGAGAACUUGUGAGGUCUACAAGGAAAUCCAGACAGAAUCUACUUGCAACCGCGACGUAAGUUGGAGGUGAGCGUGGAUGGUGGAACCGGUUGGACUUGGUUUCAGCAGAAAGGCCCCUCCCUGUUCGGAGGAAUGUGUGGGUUGGAAUCCGUCCUGUGGACUGGCAACUGCUUCCACACAGACGCUGAGCUCUGAGUUUCGUAGGACAACAACGCGCACCUUUCAAUUCGACCAAAGAUCCCUGAGCCGAUCGCUGGCAGAGACAGGAUAUCCCUGCGGACUAAGAUUGAACUCCUGUUACAACCAUGGAUGAAGGUGCAGACGGUAAACGGAAUCCAGUGACCUCAACGAGAAGCAACAACGAGGGUGGGAUGCUCUUUCGGAUGCAGAAAGUCUUCAAUAGGUUUCUGCCAGUCGCCUCAUCAUGGGAAGAAGAUCAGGAUAUGGGUGCAGCAUCAGCAGAGGAAGGUAGGAUUCUCAUACAAUGUGAUCCAGCGGUGGGGAGAAGAGGACAAAGUCAGGUCGGAGGAGGUGGCGUGACGGUCAGCGACGCAGCACACAGCAUCGGCCCGAGUGAGGAGGCACCUCCCCUCAGAGGCUCGUUAAACAAGAAAGCGUCAAGUUUUGAACAGGGAACAGUUCCCGAGUCGACCAUCUCUGAGCUGCUGACGCAGUGGGACGAUGGCCAUCUGUACCAGCUGUCAAAGUUCUACCGGGAGAGACUGAAGCAGGCCAUUGAAGAAGGGGUUGAAGGACUCAGCUUGGUGUUAAGAAACGAGGGACAUUUCACUGGGCAAGAUCAUGAGAAUAUCACUUGGGUCGCGCAGAACGGAGACCGGACAGAGAGUUCCAAUCUCUUCUUCCGUCUGGUGAUGGGGAAAGGGUCCCAGGCCCGGAGGGUGAUGUGGGAAUCCUUUGUGCAAAAGCGGGAAGAGUUACCAAAGUUGAACAAAAUACUGAAAGAAAUCCAAGAGCUCGGUCCCGAUGUCCAUGGGUACACGGACAUCACCCGUGGUUUAACUGAAUUACCUACUCAACUGAAAGAUGUUCAACAGAAACACAGGGAGACUCUGCGGGCACAAACCGAAACACUGAGAGUGAACACGAUCCUGAUGAGAGAGAAGGUGAAGGUUUUCCAGCUGGUUGAUCGAUACGCUGAGCUCACGGUCAUUUCUACUGUUCGAGAUCGGAGACUCGUGGAAAGUGAACUGGUGGCAAGAGGCCGAGACCAUGAGGAGUGGAGAGAGAAACAUCUCCAGAGAGAGCUGGAAAAAAUCAGGACUGAUCAGUUGUUCCAGAGCAGCUUUUCCCCGAGUAAAUCCAAAUAUGGGAGUUCGGCAGCAGUGGCUGGAGUCCCGGGGAUCGGGAAAACAACCAUGGUGCAAAAGAUUGUUUAUGACUGGGCCACGGGGAAAAUAUUCCAACACUUCCAGUUUGUCUUCAGCUUCAAAUUCCGGGAUUUAAACUCCAUUAACUGUAGAAUAAACCUGAGGGAACUGAUCCUGGAUCAGUAUCCUUACUUUGGGAAUAGCCUGGGAGAGGUCUGGAAGAAUCCAGAGGGAUUAAUGUUUCUAUUCGAUGGUUUGGAUGAAUUCAAGCACAGAAUCGAUUUUGCUGACAGCCGGAGAGACACAGAACCUCAGCACAUGUGUCCAGAUCCCGAGUGGCGGUGUGAAGUGUCCGACAUUGUUUACAGUUUAAUCCAGCACAAACUGCUCCCAGGGUGUUCAGUGCUGGUGACCACCCGUCCCACUGCGUUACAUUUAUUGGAAAAGGCGGAGAUCAGUGUCUGGGCUGAAAUCCUGGGAUUUGUCGGUGAGGAACGGAAGGAAUAUUUCCACAAGUUUUUUGAAGAUCAGACGGUGGCAGCAGCUGUUUUCAAACACAUGGAGGAGAACGAGAUCCUGUACACCAUGAGCUACAACCCCUCCUACUGCUGGAUCCUGGGUCUGGCACUGGGCCCCUUCUUCACCCAAAGACACAAGGACCAGCAUCGAGUUCCCAAGACCAUCACCCAACUAUAUUCCUACUAUAUUUACAACAUCCUGAAAAACCACGGCCGUGAGAUUGAAAGCCCCCGUGAUGUGUUACUGAGGGUUGGUCAGAUGGCCUUCACAGGAGUGUCCGAGAAGAAGGUUGUGUUUACAGAUGGAGAUUUGAUCAAGUACAAUCUGCAGCCUUCCCAGUUCCUGUCCGGGUUCCUGAUGGAACUUUUGGAGAGAGAGGAUUGUGCCCGGAGCGUGGUGUACACAUUCCCACACCUCACCAUCCAAGAGUUUGUAGCCGCCCUCGCACAAUUCCUGACUCCGCAUCCCAGGGAUAUCCUGAAACUCCUCACUGAAGCCCACAGCUCAGCGGAUGGCAGAUUUGAGGUGUUUCUCCGUUUUGUUGCCGGUCUUUCCUCGCCAGGGUCAACUCGAGGGCUGGAGGAGUUUCUGGGUCCAUUUUCUCAUCAAACAACCUGCCGUGUGAUUGACUGGCUACUGUCGAAUGCAGGUUAUCAAACUGGAGGCAGAGGGAUUAAAACUGGAAAAACGAGGCUCCUGAACACGUUGUACUACUUGUCUGAGUCCAAUAAUAGUGGCCUGGCUCGGGCCACGCUGGGGUCUUUGGAUAUCCUUUCAUUACGUGGAUUGCGGCUGACCCCGAUUGACUGCCUGGUCUUGUCCAAUGUCAUUGGGCUCUGUGAUACAAUAAAACGCCUCAAUCUGUGGGGCUGUCACAUUCAGUGUGAAGGACUCCAGCGGCUGGUACCCGGGCUGCACAAAUGCCAGGAUUUGGGACUUGGGAACAACCAGCUGAGAGAUUCGGGAGUGCAACUGCUGUCUUCGGUUUUGAAGAACACGGGCUGUAUGAUCCAGAAGCUGAGGCUGAAUUGUAACGGCCUCACGGCUUCUUGUGCCGAGGAUCUCGCUUGCGCUCUCAGUAUAAACAGCUCGCUGACUGAACUGGACAUGAGUGGAAACCACUUGGGAGAUUCAGGAGUGAUACAGCUGUCUGAGGCUCUGAGGAACACAGAUUGUAAAAUACAGAAAUUGGAUUUGCAGGAUUCCCGUCUUACAGACUCGUGCACCGAGGAUCUCGCCUCUGCUCUCGGUACAAACCGCUCACUGACCGGUCUGGACCUGGGAUUAAACUCAUUCACAGACCAAUCUGUUGCGGCUCUCGGUCUCUUGAUACAGUCACUCCCGAGUCUGGAAUGGGUCCAGCUGGAGCGGAAUCCUUUCAGCUUACAGGGAAAGCAUCAGUUAAAGUCGCUGCAGGAAAAGAGAUACGGUCUGAAUAUUAUAGUGUGAACAUUUCAAUGCAUAGACAUCGUCGCUACGCGAAGGAAUUCUGCGUGGACGAUUAUCUCUCCCUGAACUACUGACCGCCCGUUAACGGAUGGCAGCCUGAGCCAACUGGGUGCCUUCUAUUGUGUCGACAGAGGAAUGUACCACGUGACUGAGGUCCCCUCCCCCGUCUAGGGUGAUGCUUCUCUCCAAUAUCCAGGGACGGAAGCCCCCCUGGUUCCCUGGGCAACUGUCUCAAACAAGCAGGUUGCCAAGCGUGGGCAGCAUCUGACACCAGCACAAAAGCCGAUGAUGACAGGUGUGGAGGUUUCUGUUCCACUGUUGGUUCCGCGUCGGAAAAGGCGCAUGUCCGGGUGCGUGUUGGAAGCAGGGUCUGUUCACCAGCGAUACCUCUCCCAGGUCAACGUUCCCAGCGCUGGUGGGAAGAUUUAAUUUUAGAGAUGUCGGAGUAUAACUGAGCUCGCAGUUCAUUGUAAUUGUCUCACUAAUGACAGGAUCUCUAAUUUGGAGACUGUGGGCCUGUUUUCAACGUGCAAUUAGGGGAUGGGAAUCACUGAGAUAAGCGGUAGAACAGCAAAUCCGGGCAGAAACGGCAAUCACCUGUUGAUGGAACUUGGAUCUCUUGGCAGAGGUUCACUCGAACUCACUCUAGCCAAAUAACUUGUAAUUCCCACUGAGCGAUCCCAAACGAAGAGAUCACCAAGUCUUCAAUGGAACAUGGUUCGACCCUGAUCCAGGAAACACCCUGCGGUGGCGUUGUAAUACAUCAGUGCAUUUAUUGUUUGAAGCGAUUACACGCAUCUGGAAAUUAACUCGUAGUAAUAAGCUGGGCAGAUGUAACUGCCAUUCGAUGCCGGCAAUCCUGUGUCACAACUUUGAAAUAACGAGAAAUAGUCUAAAUACAACGCUUGAGGCGGAAGGAAGCCCUUUUGAUGUGUAGCUGUUAGCAUAACGCUGUUAGAGCCCCAGCGAUCCGGGUUCAAUUCCGGCCGCUGUCUGUAAAGAGUUUGUACGUUCUGCCCGUGUCUGCAUGGGUUUCCCUCCGGGUGCUCCGGUUUUCUCCCCCAUUCCAAAGACGUAGGGCUUAGGAAGUUGUGGGCGUGCAAUGUUGGCGCCAGAAGCGUGACGAUGCUUGCAGUCUGCCCACAGCACAUUCUCAGUAACGCAAAAAAGAUGCAUUUCACUGUGUGUUUCGAUGUAGAGCAUAGAACAGAACAAUUACAGCACAAUUCAGGCCCUUCGGCCCACAAUGCUGUGCUGAAUAUGUCCCUACCCUAGAAAUUACUAGGCUUACCUAUAGCUCUCUAUUUUACUGAGCUCCAUAUACCGAUCUAACAGUCUCUUGAAAGACCCUAUUGUAUGAGCCUCCACAACCAUUUCCGGCAGCCCAUUCCACACACUCACCACUCUCUGAGUAAAAAUCUUACCCCUGACAUCUCCUCUAUAUCUACUCCCCAGCACCUUAAACCUAUGUCCUCUUGUGGCCACCCUUUCAGCCCUAGAUGCAUCUGACUACCUACCCAAUCAAUGCCUCUCAUCAUGUUAUACACCUCUAUCAGGACCCCCUCGUCCUCCGUCUCUCCAAGGAGAAAAGGCCGAGUUCCCUCAAUCUGCUUUCAUAAGGCAUGCUCCGUAUCCCAGGCAGUAUCCUUGUGAAUCUCCUCUGCACCCUCUCUAUGGCUUCCACAUCUCUCCCGUAGUGAGGCGACCAGAACUGAGCACAGUACUCCAAGUGGGCUCUGACCAGGGACCUAUAUAGCUGCAACAAUACCUCCCGGCUCCUAAAUUCAAUUCCACGAUUGAUGAAGGACAAUACACUAUAUGCCUUCUUAACCACAGAGUCAACCUGCGCAGCCGCUUUGAGCGUCCUAUGGACUCGGACCCCAAGAUCCCUCUGACCCUCCACACUGCCAAAAGUCCUACCAUUAAGAUACCAUGUACAUGUGACGAAUAAAUAAUCAUCUUUAUCCUUAAUGUGACCUGUGAGCUGAUGUUUCUAAUUAAACUGA